GAAGUCAAAAAAGAAGUCGAAAAUUCCCUCUCCUGGGAUCCUUGGACCAAUCAGGACUCACUCUUAAGCCGACUCUCGACCAAUGGCAUCUCCUUCGACUUUCAAUACUCCGGUGUUUGCUGAAAAGAGGGGAAGCAUUGGCGAGAAGUGACAAGUUGAAUUUACCAGAGAGAAAAUAAUUUUUGUAGAAAUCGAAUCGUUGAAACGCAUUGAAAUAUAUCACCCAUCAUGGCCAGUGUCUCGUAUCAAAUAGCAAAUCUGCUGGAGAAGAUGACAUCGAACGACAAAGACUUUAGGUUCAUGGCAACGAACGACCUGAUGUCGGAGCUGCAGAAGGACUCGAUCAAGUUGGACGAUGACUCAGAGCGAAAAGUCGUGAAGAUGCUUCUGCGCUUGCUAGAGGACAAGAACGGUGAGGUUCAGAAUUUAGCAGUAAAAUGUCUGGGUCCUCUGGUGAACAAAGUGAAAGAGUAUCAAGUAGAAACAAUAGUCGACGCUCUGUGUACCAACAUGAUAUCCGACAAGGAGCAAUUACGAGACAUCUCGAGCAUUGGUCUGAAGACAGUGAUCUCCGAGCUGCCAAUGGGUUCAAACGAUCUCGCUGAGAAUAUAUGUAAACGCAUAACAGGUCGACUGUCCUCAGCCAUAGAAAAACAAGAGGACGUUUCAGUCCAGCUGGAGGCCUUGGACAUUGUGGCGGACCUUCUCUCUCGCUUUGGCUCUCUCCUCGUGAGUUUUCAUCAGCAGAUUCUCACAGCUCUUCUUCCCCAACUGUCAUCACCUCGUCAGGCAGUGAGAAAACGAACAAUUGUUGCCCUCAGCCACCUGCUCACCUCGAGCAACAAUUAUCUCUACAAGAAACUACUGGAUCACCUGCUGGAAGGUCUGACAACUCAAAAAGUUAAGAACGUUAUUCGUACGUAUAUCCAGUGCAUUGCGUCGAUCUGUCGUCAAGCUGGACACAGAUUUGGUGAGCAGAUUGAGAGAGUAAUGCCUCUGAUUGUUCAGUACUCAAACGAGGACGACGAUGAGCUCAGGGAGUACUGCCUCCAGGCAUUCGAGGCAUUUGUCUACCGUUGUCCCAAGGAGAUCACUCCUCACAUCAAUAAAAUCAUCAAUAUCUGCCUGACGUACAUCACUUAUGACCCAAAUUACAAUUACGACGAUGAUGUCAGUGAUUUAUCCGAUGGAGAAGGUAUCACCAUGGAGACGGAAGAGGACGGUGAGGAGGAUGGGGAGGAGGAGUACUCGGACGACGACGACAUGAGCUGGAAAGUCCGAAGGGCAGCAGCCAAGUGUCUGGAGGCUGUGGUAUCAAGCAGAAGAGAACUCCUACCAGAACUCUACAAAAUUGUCUCACCAGCUCUGAUAGCGAGGUUCAAAGAACGCGAGGAGAACGUUAAAUCAGAUAUUUUUCACGCUUAUAUCGCUCUCCUGCGUCAAACAAGGCCGACAUCGAGUGUGGCACUUGAUCCAGACUCCAUGGAGGACGAGGAGUGCCCAAUAUCCCUUCUACAACAGCAGGUACCUAUGAUUGUCAAGGCUGUUCAUCGACAGAUGAAGGAGAAGAGCAUUAAAACACGUCAGGAUUGUUUCUCAUUGCUCAAGGAACUUGUCCUUGUUCUGCCAGGUGCUCUGACAAAUCACAUUCCCUCACUGAUACCUGGGAUUCAGUACUCGUUAGGAGAGAAGAAUUCCUCAUCCAAUAUGAAAAUUGAUACCCUAGCCUUUGUUCACACUCUCCUGAUUACCCACCAGGCAGAGGCUUUUCACGCCCACAUGACUGUCCUUGCACCACCAAUAAUAUCAGCAGUCUCUGAUGCUUUCUACAAAAUCACAGCUGAAGCUCUUCUCGUUCUUCAGCAGCUGGUGCAGGUGAUAAGACCCCACGAAAAUCCACCCAACUAUGACUUCACUAAUCUCGUCAGUGAGAUAUACAGGUGCACCCUUAUGAGACUGAGAACAGCUGAUAUAGAUCAGGAGGUGAAGGAACGAGCUAUUGCCUGUAUGGGACAAAUUCUGGCUCAUCUCAGUGACACUCUGCACGAUGAACUUCCAGUUUGUCUUCCAAUAUUCCUGGACAGACUGAGAAAUGAAAUCACCAGGCUGACGACAGUCAAAGCCCUAACGUGCAUUGCCGCAUCUCCACUGAGAGUCGAUCUUCAACCAAUUAUGAAAGAGGCUGUACCCAUUUUGGGCUCUUUCCUCAGGAAAAAUCAUAGGGCACUGAAACUUUGCUCUCUCACACUUCUCGAUACACUGGUGAGGAGUUACUCUGUCAGCCUUCACACUGAUCUACUGGACAAGGUGACGACAGAGCUUCCAGCACUUCUCAAUGAGUCUGAUCUCCACAUUGCACAGCUGACGCUGACUCUGUUGACGACAAUAGCAAAGGUCCAUCCAGCAGCAUUGACAAGAAUAUCAGAGACUAUUUUACCAGAGAUUCUUGUUCUUGUUAAGUCUCCACUACUCCAGGGAGCUGCAUUGAAUGCCAUGCUGGAGUUUUUUCAGGCUCUUGUUCAGGCUGGAAUUCCAGGGCUGGGUUACAGAGACCUUCUGGCGAUGCUCGUGGCACCAGUUACAAGCUCUGUUCUGCAUAAACAGGCGUAUCACUCACUUGCCAAAUGUGCAGCUGCCCUGACAAUCACUUGGCAGCAAGAAGCACAUGGAGUUGUCGAGCAAUUCAUAAAAAACGUUCAGGAUCCAGCCUCUGAUUCACAACAUAUUUUUGCUCUGCUGGUGAUUGGGGAGAUCGGUAAACACGUGGAUCUCAGUGGAAUUCAGUCACUCAAGAGUGUUAUCUUGAGCUCUUUCUCUUCGCACUCUGAGGAGGUCAAGUCCGCUGCCAGUUACACUCUCGGAAAUAUUGCUGUUGGCAAUCUUCCCGAGUAUCUUCCCUUCAUCCUGAAGGAGAUCGAAGGCCAGCCAAAAAGACAAUACCUCGUGCUUCACUCGCUGAAGGAGAUCAUCACUUGUCAAUCGAGCAGCCCAUCUGGGGUAUCCAAUCUUCAGAAUUUUGUCCCUGCCAUCUGGACUCUACUCUACAGGCACUGCGAGUGCACUGAAGAGGGCACUAGAAAUGUUGUGGCCGAGUGCCUUGGUAAACUCACCCUCAUAGAUCCAGCUAAUCUUCUACCCAAGCUCCAGGAGUCCCUGAAAUCACAGUCAUCACUCAUGAGAACGACAACAGUUACUGCAGUAAAGUUCACUAUUUCUGAUCAACCACAGGCCAUUGACGUCAUGUUGAAACAGUGCAUGGGAAGCUUUCUGGUGGCUCUUGAAGAUCCUGAUCUGAACGUCAGGAGGGUUGCUCUUGUUGCUUUUAAUUCAGCUGCUCAUAAUAAACCCAUGCUCAUCAGAGAUCUCCUGGACUCUGUCCUGCCUAAACUUUAUGCUGAAACCAAGAUCAAGAAAGAGCUGAUAAGAGAAGUUGAGAUGGGGCCGUUCAAGCACACAGUGGACGAUGGACUGGACCUUCGAAAAGCAGCAUUUGAAUGCAUGUACACAUUACUGGACUCGUGUCUUGACAGGCUGGACGUGUUUGAGUUCCUCCAGCACGUGGAGAACGGUCUGAAGGAUCACUACGAUAUAAAAAUGCUGACGUACCUCAUGACUGCGAGAUUGGCGCAGCUCUGUCCCACAGCAGUCCUCCAGAGGCUCGAUAGACUGGUGGAUCCAUUGAAGAUGACUUGUACCCAAAAAGUGAAAGCGAAUUCCGUGAAACAGGAGUACGAGAAACAGGAUGAACUCAAGAGAUCUGCACUGAGGGCAGUUGCUGCACUUUUGACGAUUCCAGAUGCUGAUAAAAAUCCAGCGUUAACAGAUUUCGUCAGUAUAAUAAAAUCAACUCCAGAGUUGCGUAGUUUAUUCGAUACUAUUCAGAAAGAUUGCUCAGGUAGCAACAUCAACGAAGCGAACAUCAUGGAUCAAAGUUAAAUGGAGAGAAGCCUCAGAAUAAUUUAAAAAAAAGCCCACAAAAUACGAAUUACAACCAACGUCAUUCAUCCAAUAAAGUGAUACGAAUUUUUGUUUUAUUAACUAAUAUAUAUUAUUAUUUGUGUGAUUGGAA